AUGGAGAGAGUCCAAAAGCUCUUUAUUGUGGCCCUUUUGCUUGCAGUGGCCAUAGCAAGCAAUAUUGGGAAUGCCCAAACCAUAUGCAAAAUGCCUGUUGCUGGCCUAAUGGCAUGCAAGCCUUCCGUGACUCCUCCUAAGCCAGCUGCACCCACAGCGGCCUGCUGCUCGGCACUUUCUCAUGCUGACAUAAGCUGCCUUUGCUCCUACAAGAAUUCCAACCUCCUCCCUUCCCUUGGAAUCGACCCAAACCUUGCCAUGCAGCUCCCUGGCAAGUGCAAGCUUCCUCACCCUGCCAACUGCUAG